AUGUAGAAACAGAGACUUAGGAGGUUCCAGGUUCUCGUGUCCAGACCUCCUGGUUCUGAUGUCUGUGUUCCUCCAGACCACCGCUACUCCUCUCUCCACCUCCAUCACCCUCUCUCCAGCCGCUGGAGGACCAAUGAGGGGAGGAAGGAGGGCAGGAGAGGCUCGGCCCCCACCAUAGAAGAAGACCGGGGGGAGGAGGAAGAGGAGGAGGCCAGAGCUCCGCCCACCACAUCGACCAAUCUCAACGGCCUCUCACGCAGCCUCACCCUGACAACCGUUGCCCCCGACGACGCCGACGAGGCCGAAUCCCUGAUGAGCGUGGACCUGGACGGCAUCAAGAGUCACCGAUUGGACGAUGUCCCGGCGGUGCGCCGUCACCUGGUGAGGCGGAGCUCCAAAGGGCCGAUCAUCCACGUCUCCAAAGAUCAGAUCUGUCCGAAGAACCGACACCUGCAGUCAGACCGCACACCUCACGAGGUGUUCGUGGAGCUGAAUGAGCUGGUGAUGGACCAGAACCAGGAGCUCCAGUGGAGGGAGACGGCUCGAUGGAUCAAGUUUGAGGAGGAGGUGGAGGAGGACACGGAGCGCUGGGGGAGACCUCACGUCGCCUCCCUGUCCUUCCGCUCUCUGCUGGAGCUCCGGAAAACCAUGUCCCACGGCGCCGUCCUCCUGGACCUGAAGCAGACGACUCUUCCUGGAAUCUGUCACCAGGUCGUGGAGCAGAUGUUAAUUUCUGAUCAGAUCAAAGAAGAAGAUCGAGUCAAUGUCCUCAGAGCUCUGCUGCUGAGACACAGUCAUCCCAGCGACCAGAAGGACCACAGCUCGUUCAGCAGGAACAUCUCUGCAGCCACCAUGGCCGCCAUGAUGGACAGACACGCUGACCAAUCAGAGCCCUCGGUGAACCCGACCAAUCACAGAGAGGCUGACAGAGAAAAGGAAGCUCCGCCCCUUGUCUGCCAGUCCAGGUCCAGACAUGAGGCCAAGCUGAUGGAGAAAAUCCCAGAGAGAGCUGAGGCCACCGUCGUCCUCGUAGGCAGCGUGGGUUUCCUGGACCAGCCCUCCACAGCGUUUGUCCGGCUGCAGGAGGCAGUUCUGUUGGAGUCGGUGCUGGAGGUUCCCAUCCCCGUGAGGUUCCUGUUCUUCCUGCUGGGCCCCCCCACCUCCAACAUCGACUACCACCAGAUCGGUCGCUCCAUCUCUACACUCAUGUCCGACAAGUUCUUCCAUGAGGCGGCGUAUCAGGCCGAUGACCGCCAGGACCUGCUGAUGGCCAUCAACCGCUUCCUGGACUGCAGCAUCGUCCUCCCGCCGUCGGAGGUGGGCGGAGACAAGCUGCUGCGCUCGGUCGCUCGCUUCCAACGAGAAAUGCUUCGAAAGAGGGAGGAGAAACAGAGUAGCCUUCAGCAGGAAGAAGGUUCUCUGGUUCCCUCUGGACCUGGGGAGGAGCCUCUGAGACGCUCAGGUCGUCUCUUUGGGGGUUUGAUCCGAGACGUGAGACGCCGCUAUCCUCGCUACGUCAGCGACAUCAAGGACGCUCUGAACCCUCAGUGCAUGGCCGCCGUCAUCUUCAUCUACUUCGCUGCUCUGUCGCCCGCCAUCACCUUCGGAGGCCUCCUCGGUGAGAAGACGGAGGGUCUGAUCGGCGUGUCGGAGCUGAUCGUGGCCACCGCCAUGCAGGGCGUGGUCUUCAGCGUUCUGGGAGCGCAGCCUCUGCUGGUCAUCGGCUUCUCUGGACCGCUGCUGGUGUUUGAAGAGGCCUUCUACACGUUCUGUAAAGACAACGGGGUGGAGUAUCUGACAGGACGGGUGUGGAUCGGUUUCUGGCUGGUUCUCAUCGUCGUCCUCACCGUGGCCUUCGAGGGCAGCAUCCUGGUUCGCUUCGUCUCUCGCUUCACUCAGGAGAUCUUCUCCUUCCUCAUCUCCCUCAUCUUCAUCUACGAGACCUUCUCCAAGCUGCUGAAGAUCUUUCAGGAGCAUCCCCUCCAGAACUGUUACCACGGAAACAACAUAAGCUCUUCAACCCUCUGCAACUUCACCGUGGAAGCCGGGAAUCCUGGGAAGGUUGUGGGAGAGCCGAACACUGCGCUCCUCUCAUUCGUCCUCAUGGCGGGAACUUAUUUCAUCGCUUUCUACCUGCGGAAGUUUAAGAACAGCUCCUUCUUCCCUGGGAGGCUCCGGAGGAUCAUUGGAGACUUCGGUGUCCCCAUCGCCAUCCUCAUCAUGGUCCUGGUGGACUACAGCGUGGACGACACCUACACCCAGAAACUGAACGUGCCCAGUGGAUUCUCGGUGUCCAGCCCUGAGAAGCGAGGUUGGCUGAUUUCUCCUCUGGGGUCCGAUGGAGAGUUCCCGGUGUGGAUGAUGGCCGCCAGCGUCCUGCCCGCCGUCCUCGUCUUCAUCCUCAUCUUCAUGGAGUCCCAGAUCACAGCGCUGAUCGUCAGUAAGAAGGAGAGGAUGCUCAUGAAGGGAACUGGUUUUCAUCUGGACCUCCUCAUCAUUGUGGUGGUGGGCGGAGCUUCAGCCCUGUUCGGUCUACCAUGGUUAUCUGCCGCCACGGUCCGGUCCGUCACCCACACCAACGCUCUGACGGUCAUGAGCAAGGCCGUCGCCCCCGGAGACAAGCCCCGCAUCCAGGAGGUCAAGGAGCAGAGGGUGACAGGCUUCCUGGUGGCUCUGCUAGUCGGUCUGUCCAUCGUGAUCGGGGACGUCCUGCGUCAGAUCCCUCUGGCCGUGCUGUUUGGGAUCUUCCUCUACAUGGGCGUGAUGUCCCUGAACGGGAUCCAGCUCACAGAGAGACUCGUCCUGCUGCUAAUGCCCCCAAAGUACCACCCUGACCAUAGCUAUGUCCGCAAGGUGAGGACGUUACGGAUGCACCUGUUCACCAUCGUCCAGCUGACGUGUCUGUCUCUGCUGUGGGUUGUCAUGGCGACGGCGGCGGCGCUGGCGUUUCCCUUCAUGCUGCUGCUGACCAUCCCAGUGAGGAUGCUGCUGCUGCCCCGCCUCUUUAGCCACCGAGAGCUGCAGAGUCUGGAUGGGGAUGAUGCUGAGCCUCACCUGGAGGAGAAGGAGGGGCAGGACGAGUAUUCACAGCUGCAGAUGCCCGUGUGACCCAGGGCCUGCGUGGUGACUGGUUGAUGUCUGAUGGGCGUCGACCUGGACCCAAGUCAUGUGACAUGAAGCUGAAAAUGUUUCAAUAAAAAAACAAAC